AUGGAUCUUGAAGAUUCGGUUGCCAUCGGCGAGAAGGAGGUUGCGCGAAAGAAUGUCAUCCAGGCUUUGAAGGACGCUUCUAUCCAAUGCAUAGAUCUUUUUCAGGAAGUCGACUUCGGCAACAAGACUGUUGCUGCCUGGGGCUUUAUGGAUCUUGAUCGGCAGCUUCUCGCUGAUGCAUGGUGGCAGAUGCUUGUGAGAAUCAACGGUUUGUACAGUCACCACAUGUACCGCGAUGUCGUGGACAUCAUCGAGCAGGCGGGCGAGCGAUGCGACAUGUUUGUCAUCCCCAUGGUCGGCAAUGGAAAGGACGUUUACAUGGCAGACUCCUUAGUCAGCCAGGUGGAGGAGUUCAUGGGCCGCAAAAAGAAAAUCGGAUUUGGGCUUAUCAUCGAAGCCACCCUGGGUAUGAUGAAUAUUCAUGAGAUCGCUGCAGCUUCUAAGCGGAACGAGUCCCUCCACUUUGGCGUGGCGGACUAUGCAGCAUCCACUAAGUCGCGAACCACAAACAUUGGCGGACCGAACAAGCUCUAUGGGGUGCUGACAGACAAGGACGGCGACAAGGCCCGGGACUUCUUUUGGGGGGACCCCUGGCACUACGCUAUGGCCAGGAUUGUGGUGGCAGCACGUGCCAACGGCCUUCGGCCCGUUGACGGGCCUUUCGGCGACAUCGCGGACCCCGACGGCUACAAGGCCCAGUGUGAACGUGGAGCUGCCCUGGGCAUGGAGGGAAAAUGGGCGAUUCACCCCAGCCAGGUGGCUUUGGCGAAUGAGGUUUUCAGCCCCGGGGAAGCUGAAGUGAAGCAAGCCAGACGUGUUCUGGAAGCGAUGGAGAAGGCCCAGAAGGAGGGUCUUGGCGCCGUUUCCUUGGACGGCAAGCUGGUGGACAUCGCCUCCAUUAAGCAGGCCGACGCAAUUGUGAAGAAGGCAGAGGCUAUCGAAGCUAUGUGA